GUCAUGCCGACGAUACGACCGUUACAUAAAAGGCGUCGUAUUAAUAACCUGGGGAAUGAUUGGUGAUCAUCAGUCAAGUAAAAUACCCACUAAUGACGAUGAGGUCGCUCGUGCUUCUCUUGGUCGUUCUGGCCGUCGCUUUUGCUUGCCCCAGUCAGACUGGGUUCAAGAUUCAUCAAAAGAGGUCGAUCCAGCACCAGAGUCGAGAAGACAAACCACUCAACUGGCUGGAAAAGGGUCUAGUCUAUCAAAUUUAUCCACGCUCCUUCCAAGACAGCGAUGGAGAUGGCGUUGGCGAUCUGAAAGGCAUCAUUAGUCGUUUAGACCACUUUGUUCAGUUAGGCAUCAAUGCCAUAUGGAUUUCGCCCAUUUUCAAGUCUCCCAUGGCAGAUUUUGGGUACGACAUUUCCGAUUUCACUGAUAUCGACCCGAUCUUUGGCACAAUCCAAGAUUAUACCGACCUCGCUGCCGCAGCUAAAGCUAAAGGUCUGAAACUCAUUCUGGACAUGGUGCCAAAUCACAGUAGCGAUGAGCAUGAAUGGUUUAUCAAGUCCGUCAACCGAAUCGAUCCCUACACCGACUACUACGUCUGGCUUGACGGGGAUGCGCCAGGUGUCCCACCUACCAACUGGUUGAGCGUUUUCGGUGGACCCGCUUGGACGUUCAACGAACAACGUGGUCAGUGGUACCUUCAUCAGUUUGUAGCAAAACAGCCAGAUCUCAAUUAUCGCAACCCUCUGGUGCACGAAGAGUUUAAAAAUGUCCUUCGCUUUUGGCUGGACAGAGGAACCGAUGGUUUCAGAGUUGAUGCUGUCCCCCAUUUAUACGAAGACCCAACCUACCCCGAUGAACUUCCAUCUGGCGAUCCCAAUGCCGAUCCAGAUCAGUACGGUUACUUGAUUCACGAUGGCAUUACGUGGAACCGGCCGGAGACUUAUGAUGUUAUGGCCGAGAUGAGGCAAGUCCUCCAAGAGUACGAAGACGGCGAUGGUCAACAUAGAGUAAUGAUGACUGAAGCUUACGUCCCUUUGGAAAACGUAAUCCAGUUUUAUGGCAAUGAAUCAUUCCGGAUGGCCGACUUCCCCUUCAACUUUGCUCUCAUCAACGGCAUCAGUAACUGCCUUUAUUAUUGCAACACGACAACCAGCAAAGGCUAUCCCUACGAUGGUACCCAACUUCGCGACACCAUCGUUGAAUUUUUGAACGCCAUCCCUCCAUGGGUUGGCCCACAGGGAGCCAAUUGGGUUUUGGGCAAUCACGAUCAACGUCGUUUGGCCUCGCGUUUUGGAGAAGCACUGGUCGACGGUAUGAUUAUGGUACAAAUGCUUCUCCCAGGUACACCAGUAACCUACUAUGGCGAGGAGAUUUCCAUGAAGGAUCAGUUCAUUUCGUAUGAAGACACACUGGACCCUCAGGGUUGUCAAAUGGGACCCGAUCGAUACGAAAAAUUUUCUCGUGAUCCCGCCCGCACACCUAUGCAAUGGGAUGAUACUUUCAAUGCUGGAUUCUCGACGGCGGCUGAAACUUGGCUUCCUAUGGGAGAAAAUUAUCCAACUGUCAACGUCAAGUUACAAAAAGAAAACCUCAUUAGCCACCUUAACAUUUAUCGGACUAUGGUCGCGCUCAGGCAAGAAGCUUCAGUUCUCUACGGUGCUUACGAUUUCCCCAUAGUUGACGCCGACGCUUUCACGCUCACGAGGAUUCUAACCAACUCGACGAGUUACAUUGUUGUCCUAAAUGUUGGACUUGAAGAACGCCGUUUCAAUUUGUCAGGUGUGACUGGUAUUCCAGAGAAAGCCAAGGUGGUCGUAAGAAGCGUUCAAGCAAUUAGUGGUGAAACGCAAAUAGGCUUUACCAUCAAUACCAAUGAUUUCCCUGUUGGUGCCCAGGAAGGUCUAGUCCUCUCUUUCGUUGCCCUGUGAAUUAUCCGAACUGCCCUAACAGAUAAACAAGUAGAAACAAAACAAAACAAAACAAUCAAUUCAACUAAUUUGAAAUCUACAUGUAUUUUGAAUUCAAACUAAAUUUUAUCUAAAACUGAA